AUGGGAAGUGGGGCAAGUAAAAAUAAUACAAGCACAACAAUAGCUAAUAAUAAUAAUCAACAAUUAAAUAAUGGGACAACAAGCAGUGAAAAAGAAUCCGUAAAAGUAGAUUCAAGAUUGCCUUUUAAUGAAUUUAGAGAAUUAUUUACAUUAAAAAAUUAUUGGAAAACAAUUAGAAGAAAUGAUAGUUUAUGUGCUAAAAAUAUGUUAUACAAAUAUUUAAAAAUGUGUCCAGAAGCAAAAUCAAAAUACCCAAAAUUGGCAUCAUUGGAUAUCACCUCUCCAGAAUGUUCAGACCCGGCAUUUGAAGGAAUGGCUUCAAACUAUUUAAAAGUUUUUGAUGAAGUUAUAACUUCAGUAGAACAAACGCCUGCAGAUGCUUCUAGUGCUUGUCAAAGGCUUAAUUCUGUUGGAAAAAUGCAUAGAAAUAAGGUGAAUGGAAUGAAGUUUGAUGAUUUUCAACAAUUGGAAGCGCCUUUUUUAUAUAACGAGAAAGCAGAAAUGUUGUUCAAAAAAUUCUUUCAAUUUUGCCUUCGUUUUAUUCUAGAAGGUUUCAAUUCAUGA